CUGCCUACGUUUUUGGUAGUGGUGGACGAAUUGGAUAAGACCUUAUCACGGUGGCAUUCGGAAAACGAGGAACUGCAUAGUGGGCACUACUCGACGCUCAGUCGGUAUCUGAACCCGAACUUGUACGCCUCGACACCUUGUGUGCUGGACGUAUGUUGGAGCGGUGGCAAGAGGAGCGGUGGCAAGAGGGAGAAGGUUUUGUGUAAAUACGUGGUUACGAGCAAGAGUUACUUCGAGAGGGACUUGGUCACCUGGAACCAGUAUUUGCUGCCUCUGUUCAUGCGGGGGCCGGUGUUAUGUUAUGACUACGAGGCUCCGGAAGGGGGGAAACUUCUCAACGAGCCGCGGCUGAGCUUAAGCGGGAGCAGUCGAGCACAGAAGAUCAACUUACUGCACCAUGUGCGCCUUAGUCUGCUGCAGUCACCGCGUGUGUUCCCUCUGGUCGACCUGCUCUCCCUUGCAGCCACAGGCGAGACGACGCCCAAGAUCGAAGCUGGGAACAGAGCUAGGUUGCCGUUGCUUGACAGCGCAUUGGACGAUGGGUGGACAUGCAACUCGUUAUUGUUAUUGCACCAAUACAGUAAGCCAUUGGAGCGUCUGAACUCUGCUUGGAACAUGGAGGUGCAUGAAGGCGACGCGUUGAUUUUGGCCGGAAGAUAUCAGCCCCGACAGUUCGGUGACGCCCGGGAGGGUCAGGGCGAGCGAAUGGGAGAGGGUUCACCAGAAGAGGUGAUGAAGCACAGUGGUGAACGCUAUGGCUUGUGUUUCGAAGACUCGAAGGAGGCGGAACUGGUGCGCGAGAUCGUUGAAAAAACUAACGACAAAAUUCCUCUCUUCGCUCAAGGUCUGUUCGCUAAAAGUGCGACCGGACAAGCACCCGUGGUGGCACCUGAGAUUGCCGAAGCCCUCCGUCUGUUACAAGCUAAGACGCUAUUGCUGAACCAAUCAUAUAGCAAUAGCGCCCAUUGCUCCCUCUACCAUCAACUACCGACAUCAGUACAAAACCUCGCUACCCACGCCUCCGCAAAAGCCCGACUCAACCGCAUACUCAACCCGUUCAGCCUGCUCGACAGCACACGCAAUGGGGAUGUACUCGGCGGACCCCUACCCUGGGAGCAACAGUGCGUGGCCGCCGCCUCGCAAGGUCUCAACCGAAAGGCCCUCGCAGCAAACACCGUCGCCAACGUUAUCAGUAAAGGACCACUCAAAGCAAGCAUGUACGGCGUCCAUAAGUGGCUUGGCAAAUCCCUCCUCGCCUAA